AUGCGAAUCCUUACACAAUCGUUUGAUGCUGAUUCAUUUGGUUGUGACGAAAGUUUUGUGAAGAAUGAUGAGAAUUGCUUGUCUGAACUGCAAGAGAAGAUCACCGUGUUAAGUAAAGAACUACAGAAAAAAGACGCUCUGAUUGAGAGCGAAAGAUCCGCACACAAAGCUCAGCUACGAGAUUUCAUAAUGGCUGUGAAGGUAGCCGAGCGUUGUCGUGAAGAAACGCAGAUGGAGUUGACAAGGCUGAUCAAAGUAUGCCGUAGCGUGAGCUCACCUGAUGAAGCGCUGUGGUUUGGAGUGAUGCAAAAAUUUCAAAGGAGUUCGAAAAGAAAUGCUUUGUUAGCAUGGGCCCAAGCGCAGUAAGU